GUGGGGCUGCUGAGUCUUCACCCGUGACUCGUACUUCGGUCGUCCACCUGUACCUCCCCCCGCGUCGUCCCCGCCCAUCUCUAGCCUCACCUUGGGCCGCAGGGCAAGUCGACCGCCCGGGGCACUCCUCAACUGCAUUCCAAGGCCGGGGAGAAUACCUCCCAGCGCCGCGUUUCCCUGUGACCCUGCAGCCGCUCAGCAGACCUGCCAUUCUUUCCUGCAUCAUCAGGCGUCUGGGAGGCACCCUAAGCUGAUUCUCUCAGGUCCUGUUAGUAGGUGAUCAUAGCAGAGACAAAGCCAUGGAAGUGAUUGAGCCAGGAAUGACCAGCCCAGGCAAGGUCUUCCAGGCCAGGAUGUCGGGCCUGGUAUUGGGGCAGCGAGAUGAACCUGCAGGGCACCGGCUCAGCCAGGAGGAGAUCCUGGGAAGCACUCGGCUGGUGAGCCAAGGGCUAGAAGCCCUACACAGUGAACACCAGGCUGUACUACAAAGCCUGUCCCACACCAUUGAGUGUCUGCAGCAGGGAGGCCAUGAAGAAGGGCUGGUGCACGAGAAGGCCCGGCAGCUGCGCCGUUCCAUGGAAAACAUUGAGCUGGGGCUGAGUGAGGCCCAGGUGAUGCUGGCUUUGGCCAGUCACCUGAGCACAGUGGAGUCGGAGAAACAGAAGCUACGGGCUCAGGUACGGCGGCUGUGCCAGGAGAACCAGUGGCUCCGGGAUGAACUGGCGGGUACUCAGCAGCGGCUACAGCGUAGUGAGCAGGCUGUGGCUCAGCUGGAGGAGGAAAAGAAGCACCUGGAGUUCCUGGGGCAGCUGCGGCAGUAUGACGAGGAUGGGCACGCCACGGAGGAGAAGGAGGGCGAUGCCACCAAGGAUUCCCUGGAUGACCUCUUCCCCAACGAGGAAGAAGAAGACCCAAGCAAUGGCUUGUCCCGUGGCCAGGGCACCCAGCAUAGUGGAUAUGAGAUCCCGGCGAGAUUGCGGACUCUACACAACUUGGUGAUCCAGUAUGCAGCCCAGGGUCGCUAUGAGGUAGCUGUGCCCCUCUGUAAGCAGGCACUGGAGGACCUGGAGCGCACAUCUGGCCGUGGUCACCCAGAUGUUGCGACCAUGCUCAACAUCCUUGCUUUGGUGUAUCGGGACCAGAAUAAGUAUAAGGAAGCUGCCCACCUGCUGAAUGACGCCCUCAGCAUCCGGGAGAGCACCCUAGGCCCAGACCACCCUGCUGUGGCUGCCACACUCAACAACCUGGCUGUGCUCUAUGGCAAAAGGGGCAAAUACAAGGAGGCAGAGCCGCUGUGCCAGCGGGCACUGGAGAUCCGAGAAAAGGUCCUGGGCACCAACCACCCAGAUGUGGCAAAGCAGCUGAACAACCUGGCCCUGUUGUGCCAAAACCAGGGCAAGUACGAGGCUGUGGAACGCUAUUACCGGAGGGCACUAGCCAUCUAUGAGGGUCAACUGGGGCCCGACAACCCUAAUGUAGCCCGGACCAAGAACAACCUGGCUUCCUGUUACCUGAAACAGGGCAAAUAUGCUGAAGCUGAGACGCUCUACAAAGAGAUACUGACCCGCGCCCAUGUGCAGGAGUUUGGGUCUGUGGAUGAUGACCACAAGCCCAUCUGGAUGCAUGCAGAGGAGCGGGAGGAGAUGAGCAGAGCCCGGCACCGUGAAGGCAGCACACCCUACGCUGAGUAUGGAGGCUGGUACAAGGCCUGCAAAGUGAGCAGCCCCACAGUGAACACCACUCUGAGAAACCUAGGAGCUCUGUACAGGCGCCAGGGAAAGUUGGAGGCAGCUGAGACCCUGGAGGAAUGUGCCCUGCGCUCACGGAAACAGGGCACUGACCCUAUCAGCCAGACCAAGGUGGUUGAGCUGCUUGGGGACGGUGACAGUGGAAGGACCUCCCAGGAGGGUCCUGGGAGCAGCGUGAAAUUUGAGGGAGGUGAAGAUGCUUCUGUGGCUGUGGAGUGGUCAGGGGAUGGUAGUGGGACCCUGCAGAGGAGUGGCUCUCUGGGCAAGAUCCGGGAUGUGCUUCGUAGAAGCAGUGAACUUCUGGUGAGGAAGCUCCAGGGAACUGAACCUCGGCCCUCCAGGUACACAGUGGGACUGAGACAUGGCAAAGCAGACAACAGCAACAUGAAGCGGGCAGCCUCCCUAAACUAUCUGAACCAACCCAGUGUGGCACCCCUUCAGGUCUCCCGAGGCCUCAGUGCCAGCACUAUGGACCUCUCUUCAAGGAGCUGACAUUCAACCCACCCUCCAGGUCUGCUGGGUUCCUCCACAGCCCUCACAGCAUUCCCUAUUGCUCCUGCCUCUUCCAGCCCCACGGUGGGACAGUGAAGGGGGAGCAGUUAACAAGAUUGCUGCUGCCCUUAGGGUCUCAGCUCCCUCCUCAGGAAUCCCCCUCAAGAAGAACCCUCAGGACAUCUUCUCCCCACCCUGUAGUCCUCUAGAGUUGCUAGCUCUGAGGCUCCCAGGGUGGGUAAGGAGCAGGUAUGCACAUCUGAGACGCAGCCUGCUGCUGACUCUUCUGUCAUAUGGUUUGGUGUUGGCCAAGCAAGAUGUCUUGCCCUGGCCUCCCUUGUUCCUUCUGCUGCCUCACUUCAGGUCCGUGUAUUUCACUUUUCUUAAAUAAAAGA